AAUCCCGACCGCUUGCAAACUCAUCGCUUGAAUCACAGAGGAGUGUACAAGGGCAUGGGCCAAGAGCUGAGGACUAUGACUUCUGUAGAUAGUUCAUAAACCGUCAGUGUAUCACCUCUCUACGUGCACUCAGCGUUACUGUAAAUAUUACACUAACGUUUGACGCUUUAUAUAUUAUAUUCAUCCAUAUAGACGGGAAGAGAAUGGCAUCGAUUCUGCUCACCAGGUCUCGGACUUCUUUGCUGCAAACAUCUAGGUCAUUAAAGCACGAAUUCAGAAAAGGAAAGUUAUCAGAAAGCGCAUGCUUUAACUGCACUGCACUGCGGUUAGCCACAAACAGCAGUCCUGGUGUUCUUGGAGGCAGCACCUGGCCCCAUGCCUCAUCUGCCCUGUACCUUGACAGUUCAUCUGUUCUUCAGCACCGCUUGUCCAGGUCACCUCGCCUGUUCUGUGCCACCUUAGUACGUGACCCUAUUCACACCCACUCCACAUACCUCAGGACGCUAGCCUGGCCACAGAACACCCCAGUCCGGUGGGUACAUACAACAGGCCCCCUUCAUGAUGAUUCAAAAGUAGAGCGUUCUUUACGUUCACUGAAGGAUCGGAAUAAAAAGCUUGAGGAGGGUGGACCGGUGUACAGCCCAACGGUAGAUGCCGAACCUGUGCGACUGACAAUACGCCAACGUGUGAUUGAUGAGGUGAAGCACUACUAUCACGGGUUCCGUCUGCUGUGGAUAGAAACGACUAUCGCUGUUCGGAUGCUCUGGAGGGUGCUGAAUGGACACAUUCUGUCACGCCGAGAGAGGAGACAGUUCCUGAGGACAUGUGCAGAUGUCUUCCGGCUUCUGCCCUUUCUGGUCUUUAUCAUCGUUCCAUUUAUGGAGUUUCUGCUUCCUGUUGCACUGAAACUUUUCCCAAAUAUGUUGCCAUCCACCUUUGAGACGCAGUCCAAAAAGGAGGAAAGACUAAAGAAGGAGCUGAGAGUGAAGUUAGAGAUGGCCAAGUUCUUGCAGGACACAAUCGAGGAGAUUGCACUAAGAAACAAAGCAGCCAAAGGCAACGUGACUGAGGAGUUCUCCACUUUCUUUCAGAAGAUCCGAGACUCUGGAGAGAGACCCAGUAAUGAGCAGAUCAUACGUUUCUCUAAGUUGUUUGAGGAUGAACUGACCUUGGAUAAUCUGACACGACCGCAGCUGGUGGCUCUGUGCAAGCUGCUGGAGCUGCAGUCCAUCGGCACCAACAAUUUCUUGCGCUUUCAGCUCAUCAUGAAACUCCGAGCCAUCCAUGCAGACGACAAGCUGAUAGCAGAGGAAGGAGUGGACAGUCUGAAUGUGACCGAGCUGCAGUCAGCAUGUCGUGUGAGAGGGAUGAGAGCUCUGGGUGUGACCGAGGAGAGACUGAGAGAACAGCUUAAACAGUGGUUGGAGCUGCACCUCAAUCAGCACAUCCCCACAUCUCUGCUCCUGCUGUCCCGAGCCAUGUUCCUGCCAGACACGCUGUCCCCUACAGACCAGCUUAAAACCACACUACAGAACCUGCCAGAGAUUGUGACUAAAGAGGCACAGUUGAAGGUAGCAGAGCUGGACUUCUCUAAAGUGGAUAACAAAACCAAGCUGGAGGCCACGCUACAGGAAGAGGCAGCUAUCCAACAGGAAAACAGAGAGCGGGAGCUGGAGAGACUGGCGGAUGCUGCAGAGAAAGAAAAGGAGCAGGCCGCACGGGAGGCUGAGGUGGUGGAGAUGGAAGCAGAACGACGUGUGGAUGCAGAACAUGCUCUCUCCAGUGUAGACGUGGCCAUCCAUUCAGAAAAACUACGAGAUACUGCACCGGUGCUGGAGGGUAUUAAGGGAGAGGAGAUCACUAAGGAAGAGAUUGACCUGCUGAGUGACGCCUGCACCAAACUGAAGGAGCAGAAGAAUCUCCUCACCAAAGAGAAAGAGGAGCUGGAGGACCUUAAGGAUGAUGUGCAGGAGUACAGCGAGGACCUUGAGGAGAUCAAGCGAGAGCUGUCCAAAACGGGACAGGAGAAAGUGGUGAAGGAGUCUAAAGCAAGUCAGCGUCUGUCGAAGCGGGUCAACCGCAUGAUUGGCAGAGUGGAUAAGAUCAUCAGUGUGCUGGAGAAGGACAAGAUGAUGCUCGACGGACAGAUGGACAGCGGGACCACACCACCAGUUGGAUUGUUCUUUGAGAAACAUAGUGACUUGCCAAGGGAGAAUCUAAUAAGCAUCAACGAGCUCAUUGGAGUCAUGAAGCAGAUCCAGAACAUCCCUGAACACAAGCUGCUCAGCAUCGCAGACGCGCUCGACGAAAACAAAGAUGGCAAGAUAGACAUCGAUGAUGUCUUAAAGGUGGUAGAGCUGAUUGAUAAGGAGGACAUCGAUAUCUCCACCAACCAGGUGACAGAGAUCAUGGUGAUGCUGCAGAAAGAGGAGAAGCUGCUGGAGAAGGAGAAAGCCAAGGAGAAGGUCGAGAAGGAGCAGGCAGCUAAAAUUCAAAACUAGACCCUCCGUGUAGGAAUGGAAAAGAUCCUAAAGAUUUUCAGGUUCAUUAAGGUGUU